UAAGUCAGUUAAUCCGUCCUAACAAAACGCGCAACGACCUUAUAUAUCUGGUACAGAAGAAUGUGACACCUUAGUCGUCGUUUCAUCACAUACACCAAACACCAAACCAACUUGUUUGUAAUCCUGGGGUAUUUUUUUCCCUCUGGAAGUGGUGGACGGCCGGCAAUAAUGUCACUCCAGAGGUACUUGCCGUGGUUGAUCUUCUUCUCUCUGGUGCAUUUCUUGCUGCACGGAGGAGGAUCCGCUGCCGGGAAGGUGCCGGCGAUCAUCGUGUUCGGCGACUCGUCGGUGGACACGGGCAACAACAACUUCAUCCCGACCAUCGCACGGAGCAACUUCUGGCCCUACGGUCGCGACUACACAGACGGCCUCCCCACGGGCCGCUUCUCCAACGGCCGCCUCGCCACCGACUUCAUCUCCGAGGCCUUCGGCCUGCCACCCUCCAUCCCGGCCUACCUCGACACCAGUUGCACCAUCGACCAGCUCGCCUCCGGCGUCUCCUUCGCCUCGGCCGCCACGGGCCUCGACAAUGCCACCGCUGGCAUCCUAUCGGUUAUCACGCUGAGCGAGCAGCUGGCCUACUUCAAGGAGUACAUUGACCGUCUGAAGAUCGCCAAGGGCGAGGUCGCGGCGAAGGAGAUCAUCGGUGAGGCGCUCUACAUCUGGAGCAUCGGCACUAACGACUUCAUCGAGAACUACUACAACCUGCCGGAGCGGCGGCUGCAGUACACGGUGGGCGAGUACGAGGUUUACCUGCUGGGGCUCGCCGAGUCCGCCAUCCGCCGCGUGCACUCGCUCGGCGGCCGCAAGAUGGACUUCACGGGGCUGACGCCCAUGGGCUGCCUCCCCGCCGAGCGGCUCGGCAACCGCGUCAAGCCCGGGGAGUGCAACGAGCAGUACAACGCCGUCUCAAGGACCUUCAACGCCAAGCUGCAGGGGCUCGUCGCCAAGCUCAACGGGGAGCUCCCAGGACUGCAGCUCGUCUUCGCCGACACGUACCAGCUCCUCGCCGCCGUCGUCAACAAGCCGGCCGACUACGGAUUUGACAAUGCAGUGCAAGGUUGCUGUGGGACCGGGCUUUUCGAGGCAGGCUACUUCUGCAGCCUGAGCACCUCAUUUUUAUGCCGAAACGCCAACAAGUACGUGUUCUUCGACGCGAUCCAUCCCACGGAGAAGUUGUACAAAUUGCUGGCCGAUACCGUCAUCAACACCACGUUGCAUGUAUUCAUGUGAAGUUAAUCUUGGUCCUAAUGUUGCAGACAGGGACGGGUUAUAUAUGACUGGUAGAGUUCAAUGUAUAUUGUAAACAGACAUCACAUCGAUUGCAUACACUCCGUUGAGAGUAUAUAUGGUUGGUUAUUGUAGAGUCCACAUAUGGACUGUAAAUCUGGCCUUGUCAAUUCUGUGAUCUUGAAUAUAUACAUAUCGAUAUACUUGGGGAAG